AUGUCGACCAGCCUGUCGUCAGAGGUCGCAACACUGACAGCCUUCAUCAAACCCCUCACAAAUCCACAACUGAAAGAUUUGUUGAGGUAUGAGGGCCUCCAGGUAUCCGGGUUGAAGGCAACCCUACAGUUCCGCAUUAUUCAACGAAUCCAAUCCCUCGCGGAAUCUGACCCUGUCAGUUUCGAUGCUCUAGCUAGGCGCAUCCGUGCCACUGCUUUCCCAAACACUGUGCCAUAUCAAUCACCCAAUAGACCACAAUACCAGCCAUCGCCUGUCUCUCAAUCUCCUGCACAGGCUCGAUCUGCACCGCUCGGGGUUUCCAUGUCACCUCACCCAUAUGCCUCUGGUCCGAGUGCUCCUCUCAUGAAACCUCCUGCGGCCGCUCAUAAAUCUCCAGGUCCUUUGAUUUUCAAAGAAAGUCCAUUUUACACAAUCCUGGAGCCUUUAACUGCAGUCGUGGAAUGUAAAGUUCGUGAACAAACACGGGAUAGUGUUGAACUGAAGGUCAUGCUAUCUCAGCAAGUUGCCUAUAGGCUGCAAACGGACUCAAAUCUUCGAGUGAUGGUUUAUUGCGCCGGUGAUUCAGGCCUCACACAAUACACCAAGUCGGACAUCGCAUUUCCACAUCAGGUGGAGCUCAAAGUAAAUCUCGAUGAAGUCAAAGCCAAUCUCAGAGGUCUGAAAAAUAGGCCGGGGACAACACAACCUGCAGAUGUAACCAACUGGAUCCGCAAAAAGCCCAAUUACCCAAAUAAUAUCGUCAUGACUUACGCAUUGACGCAAAAGAAAUUCUUUGCGCUUGCCAACCUCGUGAAGCAGCAUCCGACUGAUGAUCUUGUCUCGCAGUUGAAGACACGGAAACUCAUCUCGAAGGAGCAAGUCUUACGCGAAAUGCAAAAUCGCGCAAACGACUCAGACAUUGUCGCAACGUCAAGUGUCAUGUCACUUAAAUGCCCUCUAUCUACUCUGCGCAUUGAAGUUCCUUGCCGCUCUAUCGUUUGCACACACAACCAAUGCUUCGAUGCCUCUUCAUUCCUUGAAUUGCAAAAACAAGCUCCAACUUGGACCUGCCCUGUGUGUUCCAAAUCGACUAGUUUUGAGUCUCUGCAAGUCGACCAGUACGUUGAUGACAUCCUUCAGUCAACGUCACCAGAUAUCGACCAAGUCACCGUUGAACCCGACGGUGUAUGGUCAAGCCCCACUGAUUCCGACGCAACAAAAUUGGGAGGGAUGACUCCCGCGUCAGAUGACGAUGACGACGACUUGAUCGAAAUCAGCGAACCAGGGAUGCCCAUUGUAAAACAGGAACCGGGGCCCACCAACAUCGCCCUGGAGCGAACACCUGCACAGUCACAGUCACGAGAGGCAUCAACCCCGUCCUCUGCGAUGCGCAUGUCCAGCAAAAAGCGACCUAUUGCUCAGGUCAUUGACCUUACUGAAAGCGGCGAUGAAGAUGAAGAGUCCCCUGCUCCACCUCCUAAAAGGCUAGCUUCAAGUCUACCAUCCCGAGCCUUUUCUCGUCAGGAGUACCAUAUCCCGCCUGCCAGCAGCCCUCUGAAUGGCGGGUCGUACCCACCAUGA